AUGUCGUUCGUUGCUGAUAUGUCUACUAUAAUUAGCGAACUACAAUGGCUUCGCGACGAGGAUUGCACUCCCUUUGCACUAGUGUGGCAAAACGAGAUCGAAGCGGCAGAAGCAUGCAAAUGGCUAAGGGCUGCCGGCUUCCCGCAGUAUGCGCAGAUGUACGAAGAUCUCCAGUUUCCAAUAGAUGUAUCAGGCGUUCAGAACGACCAUCCGUUCUUGGACGCGGACUCCCUCCAGUCACUGUUCAGACGUCUCACAGCCCUGAACAGAUGCGCCAACAUGAAGUUAGAACAUCAUCAUCAUCAGAAGAGAUCCAACGACUCUGACGAUGAGCAAUGCGCGCUGAGCGAUAAAUGGCAGUACGAGAGGAAGUCAAGGCGAUGGUCCAGGGUCGUGGAGAUCACACCGCAAGCACAGAGGCGGUUACAGGUGAUAGCAGCUCGAGCAUUAGCAGAAAGAGAAGCUAGAGAAGCGAGGGGAGAAGUAGAAGAUGAUGAAGAUGAAACUCUUCCCACAAUAAGAGUGGGGCUUGUUGAUCCAGAGGGAAACUAUACUGAUGUUGAACCAGAUCUAUUAACAGUACCAGGCCAAACAAUGAUACAGUUACCAAGUGACAAAGAAGAUGAAGAGGAAACCGGUACUCGUUUCCGAAGAACUGGCUCCGAGAGGCUAAGAGACGGUGCCAAAGCUUUACUCCGAAGAGUGGAAUCCCUCAAAACUAGAAGAAGAAAACGGCAGAACCGGACUGAAGUCAUCGUAUCUUCUCCGCACUUUCUGGACGUGCAGCAGGAUAAAUAUGCUGAUCUGAGCUACAUAGAUAUGACUCCUACGACUCCAACUGCCUUUCCAUUCCCUGACUUCCAUAGCUCUCCUGUCCACGCUCCAGCUAUCAGAACUCAACCACCAUCUCCCAUGACAGUCAUGCCUCCAUCACCAAUCGCUCCCUUAGAACAAUCCUUUGUCCUGAACGCUCCUUUUGGUGAUGACAGUUCCAGUUACGCCUCUGAUGGCAGUAUGGGAUCCAGUAAUAAGAGUUCCAAGUCUAAAUUGGGAAGGGCGAAGAGGAUCUUUCAUAGAGGGAUUAAGAAUGAUGACUCCAGUGCACUUAGUGAUUCGGAGUGCCAGCCAGCCAGUUGGAGACAUAACUAUUAUAAGGAUCAUAAUACUCAUCAGAAUACUGAGGUUUACGUGGAGCCUCCUUCUCCAGUGGAACUGAAGCCAGACCCUGAAGUGCUCAGAGAAGUCCAGAAGUCACCAGGUCACACCCAUCACCGACGGCAGGCUAUAAGGACCAGCUCGCUCAAUUUAGGGAACGAUGGCAAAAAGUUUCGUGAUAGAAGUCUGAAGAGGGAUAAGUCGGCAUCCAGAAGUUCUGAACUGGACAGCAGCCCCAACUCAGCAGGGUCCAGGUCUCAUGAUGGAGAUCAGGACGAUGACGAUGACAGUCUGGAUAUAAAGAGCAAGAAAAACAACAUUCAGCGAUGGUAUUCAUUCAGGACGAAUGCACUCAAUGGAGGACCUAAAGCUAACAAUACGUUGACACCAACUCCCAACCAGAAGGACCCGGAUUCGUAUCUAUCUCGACCGAUGUCCUCACUCUCAUGCGGUCAGCUCCAUAUCCUGAGGAAGCUGGCUCUGCUUCGUCUGACAGCCUGCAUGGAACGCUACUGCCCCUCACACAAAUCUGGCUGGAAUUGGGAACUGCCCAAACUUAUUAGGAAGAUCAAAACUCCUGAUUAUAAGGAUAAAACAGUUUUCGGUGUUCCCCUAACUGUGUCACUGCAGAGGACAGGACACGCGUUACCUAAGCCGAUACAGUGUGCUUUGAACUGGCUUAAAAAUAACGCUUUGGAUCAGAUGGGUAUAUUCCGAAAAGCAGGAGUGAAAUCAAGAAUUGCAAAACUGCGGACGACGGUAGAAGCGGCUGGGGCUUCAAACGCGAGCUUUGCUAUAGAAAACCUAAAUACGAUAGACCCAAACCAAUCUAGUCUGAAUUUUGAUGGGGCACAAGCUCACGAUGUUGCUGACAUGGUGAAACAGUACUUCAGGGAGCUCCCUGAUGCCUUACUCACGAAUAAACUGAGCGAGACGUUCAUUGCUAUAUUUCAACAUGUUCCUGAACCCUUGAGGCCGGAUGCGGUGCAAUGUGCAUUACUUCUGCUACCAGAAGAACAUUUAGAAGCUUUGCAUUCAUUGUUGAUAUUCUUAGCAGAGGUGGCAGAACAUUCAGCAGUAAAUCAAAUGACAGCAUCAAACCUAGCUGUCUGCUUAGCCCCUACGUUGCUGAGGCUGCAUCAUGCGCCACCACAAACUGGUAGCACUAAAGAAGGAAAUUCCAAUAGAAUGGUUAUCGAGAGUGUAGCAGACCAGCGACAGAUCAGCGAGAGCCGAGCAGCACAUGCGUGUCUCCUACUCCUUAUCCAGAAACACCAGCAGCUGUUCUUAGCACCAGCUGAUAUGCUGGCCAGGUGCAAGUUCAAUUACUUCGAAGAGAGUGUUCCUGUCGCUUUAGAAGAAUUGGGUGCGGACUUCAACCAAGACUGGAAAGGUUUCCAGCAAGCCUGCAUAAAAGCUUUACUAAAAGAAGCCAAAGAAAAAGUCUGUGGCCGAUCAGGAAAGAGAACUCGUGGGUGGAUGUCGGUAUCAGGGGCCGCUCCUCACGUGGAACUGUGUUGUAAGAAAGUUGGUGAUGGACAUCCGUUAAGAUUAUGGAGAGCAACUACUGACGUAGAAGCGCCGCCACAGGAGGUUAUGCAAAGGAUACUCCGAGAGCGGCACAUUUGGGACGAUUCAUUGGUUAAAUGGCGCGUUGCUGAGAAGCUCGGUACCAACGCUGAGGUGUUCCAAUAUGUCACGGCCUCAAGCAUAAAUCUACCGUCACGAGAUUAUUGUGUGUUACGAUCAUGGCAGCAGGGUGGUGGAGGUGGCGGUUGGUGCGCAGUAGCCGAGACGUCUGUAGCACAUGCGUCGGCCCCACCAAGCACUUCACGUGGACCGGGAGGUGCUCCCUCCGCGUCUCGAGGAGUUGUGCUAGCCUCGCGUUACCUCGCGCAACCCGCUGGCAAGGGACGAAGCAGACUGGUACAUCUAGCCAGAGUUGAUACCAUGGGCCGAACGCCAGAAUGGUACAACAAAUGCUAUGGUCACAUCUGCGCCCUAUAUCUGGCCAGGAUCCGAGCUUCGUUCAAACAUAAUACGGAAGGCCCCGAGUCGAACGUAUGA